AUGUCUUUAAUCGAGCCAGUGAUCGCUGCGCCGGACAAUGACGAAGCGUCGCGGACAGCUGAAUCCACCGUAUGCAGCGUCUGCGAGACAUUGAUCGAGCCAACGAGCUGCAGGAACAAAACAAAAUCCGCAUCCACGCGGGCUUUCAGAGUUUUCAAGUGUCCGGACUGCUCGAAAACAUUUACGCUGCAGCAACAUUUGAAACGGCACGUAAAGACCGUCCAUGGCCACCUUAAAGAGCUUAAGUGCGACCAAUGUAAUAAGAGCUUCCGCGACUCUACGUAUCUGAGGAAACACGUCGAUGUGGUGCACAAAAAAGUAAAGUCGUUCCAGUGCCCCCAGUGCAGCAAACUGUUUGGAUUUAAGGAGAAUAUGAAGAAACACUUGCGCGCGUGUAAAAUACAGCUAUAG